AUGGUUGGCGUAGUGGCCACGCAGAUAGAUGCUAUGCAACGUAUCGACACCCACUACGAAUGGAACGAAACAGACAUCCUAUCCCACGGCUUCAGUGGCCUCAGUCUCCAUAGACAGGACAGCCUCACACAAAGACCUCUAGCCUCCCUAAAAAGGACAGGCAGUAAGGGCAGUGCCUACAGCCUUCGCAGCAUGAGAAAAGAGAUGCCUAAACCAACCACCCAAAUUGAGAGACCCCCUACGAUACCUGAUGCUGGAUUUGGGACAUUAGAAAUUAAAUUGGCGUAUGAGAAUGCGACCUCGUCUUUGGCUGUAACUGUGUUAAGAGCUAGGGGUCUGAUCGGUAUGGACAUGACCGGAUUGUCUGAUCCGUUUUGCAGAUUGGAGGUGUUACCUAGAGAGGGAUCCUACUCCAACAGACUACGAACUAAAACAGUCCACAAAACUAAGAACCCGGAGUUUAACGAGACACUGCACUUCUUCGGCAUCACUGAGUCGGACCUCGCUGUCAAAUCGCUGGAGAUCGUGCUGUUUGAUGAUGACAGAUACGGUUGCGAUGAAAUGGGGUCUGCGACGGUGGCGCUACGGGAAUGUGCGAAGUCUCCUGCUCAGUUACGCCUGGCUCUGUCAGGAUCAUCAGGUGCUGAACCUACUGGACCCAGGAUAUUGUUGGCUCUCUGCUAUAGCACGAAAAGGAGAGCCUUGGUGGUAACCAUUUGCCGUGGAGCUGAUCUACCGCCACAGGACAGCAAUGGCUACUCGGAUCCAUUUGUUAAAUUGCAUUUGGAUCCCGACCCCUAUCACAAGAAGCACAAAACAUCUAUUAAAUGGCGAAACUUAAAUCCAGUUUGGAACGAAGAAUUCCUUUUCGAAACUCGUCCCACGGAACUUUCCCGCCAAAAUUUGACAUUGACAGUUUGGGACAAAGAUUAUGGUAAGCCCAACGACUUUUUGGGCAGCCUUGUUUUAGGAGCGAGUUCUAAAGGAAGGAGGUUGAAGCACUGGAUGGACUGCAUAAAGUUUCCUGAUCAUCGUCAUGAGUCCUGGCACUCGUUAACAGAUACCCAACAUCUAUAGGCUAUUUAUUAAAUAUUGUUAUGUAAAAAGUAUGUCAAAAGUACGUAGCAAACUACCUGUAGAUUGUUAUGGCCGUUUUUUUACGAUGUGUAGUUUCCUAUGAAAAAAUGGCCAGCUAAUAUCAUUCUAAUACCGCAUCGUUGUUCAAUCAUCAUCGACAAUAGCUAAAUGUGAUCUUAUAAUAUUUUUCUGAAGAUAAAUAAAUGUCUAAUAUUUUUAAAUAGGUACAUAUGAAAUGGAAGCACCAAAACAAGUAAGGAUGAAAUAUUUUGUAAAAAAGUUUUAGUAAUUAAUGCAAGAAGAGUUGAGAGCUUCGAAGCAAAAGGGUGCUUGAUGAACAUUGUAUUGUAAAUAAAAUUAUUACGUCAAAAUACCUAAUUCCUAUUAUAUAGAUAUCUGUUCAUAGAAUAAAUUUGAGCUUCAAAAUGUCUUUAUAUGUGCGAACGAACUGUUAGGUAUGUACUUUCGAAAAUGUUAAAAACUUAAGACUAUCUACUUAAAAUGUCUACAAUACUUAGAUAAAAUAUUGUUAAAUCUACAUAAAAACUUCUAUUAAAAAUAAUUAGAAACGAUUGUAUUUCUAUACAUUUCUAUACAGGUAAAAGACGUAUGAAAUUAUUGCAUGUUGCGUAGAUAGAAACUGUUAAUCAAUGAAUGUAUAAAUUAAAAUUAUAGAUGGCGUAUUAACCUACUUAGUUAAGUUUGAAUAAAAUCGAAUAUCCAUAUUUAAAGUUAGUGUUAAAAUUUAAAGUUGUUGAAAGUAAUUUCUGUGUAUUUUUGUACUUUGCUGUUCCGGUUUGCAUGUGCCAAAUGUAUCUUUGAAAUUUAGAUUAAGCUGAUGACUGCCUUUAUAUCAUAAUAUUCAUGUACCUACCUAAAUAUACUGUGAAAUAAAGACU